UCCUCUGCAAGUACGCUCAUGCCGUCUGGCAGGAUUUCACUCUGCAGUGUUAAACAUGACCAGGAUGAGAAGCUGUAUUAUUUUUAUGUGCAUACUGUCAGCCCUGUCAGUAACUAAGGUCCUGUGUAAGCGCAAAAAAAGACAAGGAUUUUCUACUUUGUAUUCCUUCUUUGGAGUUUCAGAUGAGCUCUGUCUCAACGGAGGAACCUCCAUCCCUUCACUGUUCACUGGUAAUCACAUGUUCUGUCUUUGUCCCGGAGGAUUCAGCGGGACACACUGUGAAACGGUGAACAGGGAGAGAUGCUACGAGGGCGUUGGACUGUACUACAGAGGCACGGUGUCUAAAUCCAUCAGUCAAAGAACAUGUGAGAGCUGGGAUCCAGACACCCGGACGCGUUUCCUGUCUGCAGACCUCUACUCAGGACGGCACAACUACUGCAGAAACCUUGACUACAAACUGCAACCAUGGUGUUAUGUUUGGAAAGACCAGCAGCUGGUGUGGGAAUACUGUGAUAUUCCUCACUGCGGCUUUGUGUCCUUUCCAGCUGCGCCUUCACCUGCACCUACCCAACCCCAAACAGAGCUGACAUGUGGCCAGCGGACCAGAAGAGAGCAGAUGAGGAUUGUGGGGGGAACGGUGGCCACCGUGGAAUCCCACCCGUGGGUUGCUGCCAUAUUCCAGCGUGGCAGAUCCAGGGAGAAGGUUUUCCAGUGCGGGGGCAGUCUGAUCUCCCCCUGCUGGGUCCUCACCGCCGCCCACUGCUUCCCUUCCGGGUCUCAGAGCAAACCGCGGCGCUUCUCAGUCACCCUGGGAAAAAACGCUCUGAAUGACAGCAACCCAUCUGUGGAGCAAACGUUCAGGGUGGAGAGAAUCUUCAUCCAUGAGAGCUUUGACAACAGCGAAGGAAACUUCAAGAAUGACAUUGCGCUGUUGAAACUGAGGGCCAGAGAAGGGAGAUGUGCGGAGGAGAGCAGCUCGGUGAAGACGGUGUGCCUGCCGCCGCCGCAGCACAACCUCCACCCGGGAUUCACCUGCGAGAUCGCCGGCUAUGGGAAAGAGAAACAGGGUCUGUGGUAUAAGUCUCAAUACCUGAGAGAGGCUCAGGUGAACCUCAUCGCUGAUGAAGUGUGUCGACAAAAGGAUCAUUAUGGAAAUAUGAUCACUGAAAACAUGUUCUGUGCUGGCCGUCCAGACUGGAGCCAAGAUGCCUGUGAGGGGGACUCGGGAGGUCCGCUGGUGUGCGAGGUGAGCGGAAGGCUCUUCCUGUUCGGCGUCAUCAGCUGGGGAGACGGCUGCGCCAGGGAAUUGCGCCCUGGUGUUUACACCAGAGUUACAAAUUACAACAAAUGGAUAGAGGAGAAGACGGAGCUGUCCUCCAUCGCUGCUGGAGACAUGUUUCCUCAGAAAUGAUUCUGAGCUGAGAGAAUUCACUUUUAAAGGAGCUUGAGGCCGGAUUGAG